AUGCCACCAAUUCGCACUGAAUCUAGCCGUAAAUUGGCUAAUCAAGAGGGUAAGAUCUUAUUAGCCCUCUCCGACCUAAAAGAUGGCCGCAUCAAAUCUAUUCGCGCGGCAGCGAAGCUAUAUGACCUACCACCAUCAACACUACACCAUCGCGCUAGCGGACGUAUUUCACGCGAUUCGCUUACUGAGUGGAUAAUCUCUAUGGAUACGCGUGGAGCAGCCCCUAGGCCCUCUACGGUGCGAGAGAUGGCUAAUAUCCUAUUGGCUGCGCGCGAAGAAGCUUCUCUAUCUACCGUUGGAAAGAAUUGGCCAUCAACCUUCAUUAACCGCCGUCCUGAGCUUCGUACACGCUUCUCACGAAGAUAUGAUUAUCAAAGAGCCCUAAAUGAAGAUCCAAAAUCGAUUCGGCAGUGGUUUGCGACCGUACAAAGUACGAUUGACGAGAACGGUAUACAACCAGACGAUAUCUACAACUUUGAUGAGACAGGCUUCGCAAUGGGCCUUAUAUCUUCGCAGAAAGUAGUCACACGAGCUGAAUACUACGGUCGGAGAUCUCUUCUACAACCAGGAAAUCGCGAAUGGGUUACUGCGAUCGAAGCAAUCUGCGCAGAUGGCUAUUCACUACCGCCAUGUGUAGUCUUCAAAGGCAAAGUGGCUAUUGCAGGAUGGUUUAACGAAAACCUACCGAAAGACUGGCGAAUCGAGGUCUCAAAGAAUGGCUGGACUACCGAUGAGAUUGGCCUACGCUGGCUAGAAAAGCACUUUAUCCCACACACGAAUUCGCGCGUACGAGGUCGGUUUCGGCUAUUAAUUCUUGACGGUCAUAGUAGCCACCUUACGCCCCAAUUCGACCGAAUCUGUGCAGAAAACGAUGUUAUACCACUCUAUGUUGGGUGUUUUGCAGUGGUUAAGCGCGCGUACGGUCGGUUCGUUAGCGACCUUGCGCGUAGAGGAUAUAACCAUAUCGACAAGCACGAUUUUUUAGUGGAUUACAAGCACGCGCGCUUCGCAGCUAGUGGUCUAGUACCAUUAGAUGCCGAGAGAGUGCUUAACAAGCUUAAUAUCUCACGAACACCAACACCACCAAGCAGCCGUCCAAGCAGCAGAUCUAGCCAAUUCACACCAAAAACGCCUAGAACCGUCACUCAGCUAUUCAAACAAGCUUCAAUACUAAAAGAUCUACUAAAACAACAGUCAAAUAGCCCUCCAAGCCCAUCGAAAACCAUCUUAGAUCAACUUAUCAAGGGCCACUAUCUUUCGCUUCACAACACUAUAUUACUCGCAGAGGAUAACGAGAAUCUACGCAUAGCGAAUAAGAAGAUAAUCAAAAAGCGCAAUCGGUCAACUAAGAGGAUACCCUGCGCAGAGGGUUUAACCAUUAAAGAGGCUAUACAGCUAGCUGAGCAGCUAGACCAGCCAGAGGAAGAUGAUAGGGUAGAUUCGCAUGCAGAGGUUAAAUUGCCUAGUCAGCCAAUUAUGCCAGCAAAGAGGGCACCACCUAGGUGUAGUAGGUGCAGGGAGAUUAGUCACAGGAUUAAUGUAUGUAAAAAUCGCUUUAUCUAG